CUUGCAAGUUGCAAGUGAGUCAAAGGGAAUCAGGGAAUUACAACUACCUCAACUAGAGUAUCUCUACCCUCUACCAUGUACCAUUAUCAGUAGAGUAGAGAGCCAGUAGAGCGACAGAGGCUGGCCGUGAGUGUGUCCGCCGUCCAGGAUCUCGUAUUCUCGUCCUCUGAUCCUCUCUCGCGCGCUCAACCAAGUUACACAUAUAAUAAUAUAGUGGAACACUGUUCAGUGCGGGGGCAUAUUCCAGAACGGCUUGGUUCGCGUAUGCACGCCUCUGCAAGUAUCAAGUAUCCCUUUUGAGUCUAACAGUACUGUAACAGUCAACAAAAAAACACCAUGCAAGCAAUCAAGUGCGUCGUCGUUGGCGACGGAGCUGUCGGUAAAACUUGUUUGCUGAUAAGUUAUACAACAAAUGCAUUCCCUGGGGAGUACAUACCAACAGUCUUUGACAAUUACUCUGCCAAUGUCAUGGUUGAUGGAAAGCCCAUAAAUCUGGGACUUUGGGAUACAGCUGGUCAGGAGGACUAUGACAGGCUGAGACCGCUUUCUUACCCACAGACUGAUGUGUUUCUCAUUUGUUUUUCACUGGUAAAUCCAGCCAGUUUUGAGAAUGUAAGAGCCAAAUGGUAUCCAGAGGUGCGUCAUCACUGUCCCUCAACUCCCAUCAUAUUAGUUGGGACUAAGCUUGAUUUGCGUGAAGACAAGGAAACUAUUGAAAGAUUAAAGGACAAAAAGCUUGCUCCUAUUACUUACCCACAGGGUUUAACUAUGGCGAAAGAAAUCGGAGCAGUGAAGUAUUUGGAAUGUUCUGCCUUAACGCAAAAGGGACUGAAAUCAGUGUUUGACGAGGCGAUUCGCGCCGUACUUUGUCCUGUUUUACUGGUGAAGCCAAAACGCAAAUGUUGCAUCCUAUAAUAUUAAAUUUGUUACGUAUCUAUGCGCAAUAUUAAUCACUGGGAAGACUAUAAUAAUAACGGUGAUGACACGGUGUCGUUGUCACAGUUGUUUAAAAGAUAGACUCAGCGUGGCAAACACUUCUCAAAUCCCUUGCAUUAACUUUAAACCACCAAAAGAUGUCAAAUCGCACAAAAAUUGUCAGACAACCGUUUACUCGUGCAAGAAUUUUAUCGUAAAAUUAAAAGUAUCACUAUUACUAUAAGCAUGCAAAAAAAUGCACGAAAUAAAACGAAAAUAACUUAAAAAUAUAAGUAAUAGUAAUCUAUAAUAAAAAUGCGCAACAAAGGGUAAGAAAAGAGACUUCCAUCGCUGAUGUACCUCAGUAUUUCCAGUCGACGUGCAAGAAAUUAUAGGUAAAGGGUUCUACAGAAUUUACACUUGUCUGUUACUAUUUAAAAGUUUGAUCUCUCUUUUUUUAUGAGAGGAGAGUGGGGGAGAUAGAAACGAUCCAGUGUAGAAAAUGAAAUUUUCAGAUAAUGAAAUGUAGAAAAGAGGAAAAGCUAGAAAAGAAAGAGCGCCAAGAUUUAAAGCGAUUGUGUACAGUAUAUUAGAUUAUAUUAAUAACUAAUAAUGAUUAUCUAUUACAAAAAUUAUAUAUAUAUAUAUUAUACAAUUACGCUAUAAAAGAAAAAUAGACGACUAUGUAAGUUGACUGUGUAAUUUUUAAACUAGGCUUAAGGCGCGCGAAUCGUAAAAAUGAAUUUUAAAAAUGCAUGAGAAUGAUUGUGUCAUAAUGUGGACUUAUAUAUAAUUCUGCUCUAUGCUCGUUGUACGCUGUUUGUCUUUAACGUAACACGCACAAUGUUUCCUCACUUGUGUACAAAUGUAUACGCUCGCGAAGAUGAUUAAAA